AAAAACCCUUCUAGCGAAAUUUUGGAGGUCGGCUCUAAUUUGAUUGUUUAGAGCCUUCGCUAUGUACUUUCUCCUAAGUAUUUUGGCCGAUGGAGUAGAUGUACAGCACGAAAAGCAUUGCGGUUUUUGGGGGAUUUUCAUUCUAGAUUCUUUCGGUCCUGGGCUUGGGCAUUUGCUGGUUUUGUCUUGCUAAAGUUGCUUAUUGGCAUUUGAAGAAGGGAAAGCUUAUAGGGCCAAAGUCCUGUGCAUAGGAUCGCAAUUGCAGGCUUGCCAUGGUUUCCUUUUCACAUUUUUUUAGAUAUCUUGCUCACAGACUGGAGUACUCUGCUGCUAUCAGCUGGAAGAAAUAUAAAGUAGGAGAAAUAAGAGAUGAUCAAAUAGGUGAUAGUUUGAUUAAAAAUCUAUUCCAGGACAAGUUGACAACCUACAUGCAUUGGAAACAAGGGGAAGAGAUGGCAUCAACCAUAGCAGGGAAAGAAGGGACACUUCUUGUUCGAAAAAUACCACUUCCAAGACCAACGGAAGUUUUUGUUGGGGAUGUUGUUAUCUUGAAGGACCCGGAGCACGCAAAUGAUUAUCUUGUUCGGAGGUUGGCGGCAGUUGAAGGGUAUCAGAUGGUUUCUAAGGAUAACAAUGACAAACCUUUUGUAUUGAAAAAGGAUCAAUGCUGGGUUUUAGCCGAUAAUAAAUCUCUGAGUGCUCAAAGCUCACAAAGGGAAGCACGUGAUAGUCGAACAUUCGGACCAGUUACCAUGGCCAACAUAAUUGGCAGAGUCAUAUAUUGCCUGUGCAGCUCUGCGGAUCAUGGUCCUGUACAAAAUAGCCGCUUUGGAAUGCGAGACGACUCCCCUGUUUUGGCUGUUGAGUUGGAUGUCGAUGAAAUGGCGAAGGUCACGAAAAUAUGAAUAGGUUUUAGAGAAACAUUUCAGUUCUUUGACGUGCUUCUCUGAGACCAUGAUCAAAGAGGACUCUUGAGUAAAAUGGGUUUUGAUGUGAGGCAGAAGUUAUUCAGUCGGCUCUCCAGUGAACUGGGUCUUUGCAGUCAAUGAACACUGGCCUGCUCGUGAAUUUGUGAGAAAUUUAUUGCAUUGAGCAAUUGACCCUUCUUUCUCGUAGGGUUGCUUUUAACGUCAGUUGACUGACCUGGUCUGUGUUUGGGUCCCACGUCUAGAGCCUGCGUGUUGGACCCAUGUCCAGGUCAAACUGAUGAUAUAUAAUAAAAUGGUAUCGGGUUAGCUGGGAUAU